AUGAUUGCCGUUUCGGUGUGCCUUACGUAUCCGGUCCAGUUCUACGUACCAUUCAGCAUAGUCGAAGAGUACAUCAAGAAAAAAUACUCCGACUCAUGGCUGAAGCAGCGAGUUAUCGAAUACGUCGCCCGCAUAGGCAUUGUUUUGCUUACUUUUUUUUUUGCUGAACUCAUCCCUCAUCUGGGGCUGUUCAUCUCGUUGGUAGGUUCUCUCGCAGGAGCUUGCCUGGCGUUGGUCUUUCCGGCGAUCAUCGACACGAUCUGCGAAUAUGACGGUCGUUUUUGGGAAAUACAUUACGUUUUGAUUGUGUUCAGGAACUUCUGUUUUUUUAUAUUGGGCAUUCUCGGUCUGGUUGUUGGAACUGCUUUAUCUAUUAGAGAUAUUGUUAAUGCUUUUGAAUAA